CUCAUCUCCAUUUCAUCUCCAUUUCUCUCUCCGUCCCGGAUGACCUCCAGCCAUUUCCUUAGAAACCGUUGUCGCCUAUCCUUGUGUUCCCGCGAGAUAAAAGUCAUCUUUCUGUCUCGCUCAGUUCAGCGUUGUUUGCGCGCGUCAUCUUUGUUCCUCUCUGCAAGCUACCUUGACCUCUCCAUGCCGUCAAUGAGCGUCAUCUAGAAGUACCCCGAUCGCACAACAAGCUCAUCACCCCCGGUCAUGGCGGAGACCAUUGGAUCAGCUGCUUCAGGGCAUCCGAAUCUCAACUUAACAGCGGAAGAGAGGCGAGUUUACGGCCAGCUCCUCAAAGAAGCUGACCCCGAUGGGUUCGGGGCUGUCUCUGGAGAUGUGGCCGUCAAAUUCUUUGAGCGGACAAAGCUGCCACCGGAUGUGUUAGGACAGAUAUGGCAGAUUGCCGAUACUGAAAAUCGAGGGUUCCUCACGCCUGCAGGAUUUGGUGUCGUGCUGCGACUCAUUGGCCAUGCGCAAAGUGGCCGUUCACCUUCGGCCCAAAUUGCAACUCAGACCGCGCCUCUCCCUCGAUUCGAUACUCCUCUAUCCGAGCAACCGGCUCAACCCCCUCCGGUCCCUCAGCCCUCCCAACCUAUCGUCCAGCAAUCAACUGGACCUCCUGCCAGCCCGACUCCAGCGGCCCCUCCGAUCCGUGUGCCAGCCUUGACACCAGAAAAGGUCGCAGAAUAUUCGACCAUGUUUGAGAAAUCAGGCGCGGAGAACGGAUUACUCUCCGGUUUACUAGCCAAACAAAUAUUUGAAAAAGCGAGGUUGCCCAACGAAGUGCUUGGGCGCAUAUGGGGUCUUUCUGACAUGCAAGGUCGUGGCUCCCUGGAUGUCACGGAGUUUGUCAUCGCCAUGCAUCUUCUGGCUUCCUACAGGUCAGGCCAGAUGCGCGGCGUUCCCAGUACACUUCCUCCUGGCCUUUACGAGGCUGCUACCCGCCGUCCGGCUGCGCGGGUAAGUAGCGGGUCGCGUCCGGGCUCAGGUGCUAUUCCCGGCGUCAACUAUAGUGUCCGUCCACAAAGCCCCAUCACGAGGCAGCCGCAAGUAAGCACGCCUCUGUCGUUGUCGGCGCAGUCGACGGGUGAGCCGUGGGCCAUAACUCCAGCCGAUAAGGCUCGAUUCGAUAGUAUAUUCGCGACUGUCGAUCGCCAAGGAAGAGGCUUCAUCACAGGGGAGCAGGCAGUCGAAUUCUUUGGGAAUGCCAGGCUACCGGAAGAGAUUCUGGCUCAAAUUUGGGAUCUGGCGGACAUCAACUCCGAGGGUCAAUUGAAUAGGGACGAGUUUGCAGUGGCCAUGUACUUGAUCCGACAACAACGAGGAACGAAAGACGGACGAGGUAUUCUGCCUUCCACUCUUCCCCCAGCUCUCAUUCCUCCCAGCAUGCGGAAGCUACAGAUUCCUCCGCCUCAGCCAACUGCUCCAGCAUUUGAAAACGCUGCGCCGACAAAGCCACGUUCUGCUGCUGACGACUUGUUUGGUCUCGACGCGUUCGGCCCUGCUCCUACAGUUCCUGCGGUCGCUCCCGUUCAAGCACCGCAGUCAACCGGCGGCACUGAUGCCGGGCCGUUCGCCAAUCCUCCGGGUGUUUUGACACCGCAAACGACGGCCACAACCUUUAAACCAUUUGUGCCGACCAGCUCGUUUGGCCAAAGCAUCAUUCCUCAAUCAACUGGAUCGCCUGCGCCCGCGCCCCAACCGAAAGCGCAACCCGAUGACCUUCUCGGGGAUGCAGAUCCAGAGAUCAGUUCGAAACUCACUAAUGAGACCAGCGAAUUGGGGAAUCUAUCCAAUCAAGUCAGCAGCUUGUCCAAGCAAAUGACAGAGCUCCAAACAGAUCGAAGGCAAACUGAGCAAGAGCUAUCCGGCGCAUCGGCGCAGAAGAAAGCCUUUGAGGGGAGACUAGCUCAGCUCAGGUCUCUGUACGAGAAGGAAGUUCAGGAAGUCAAGGUGCUCAAAGAACAACUGACGGCUUCCAAGAAUGAUACGAAGCGGCUGCAGCAGGAAAUGGCCAUGAUUGACGGGACCCAUCAAGAUCUUGCAACCCAGCACCAGCAACUUCGUGCUGCCCUAGAAUCCGAUCAACGCGAAAAUGCUUCACUAAAGGAUCGGAUUCGACAAUUGAACCAGGAGAUUGACCAGCUCAAACCGCAGCUCGAGAAGGUCAAGUCCGAUGCCAGACAACAGAAAGGUUUGGUCGCCAUCAACAAGAAGCAGUUAGCUACUAACGAGGCCGAGCGGGAUAGAAUAAAGGCCGAGAUUGCUGCUGCCCAAAAGGAAGUUGAGGACGCCCAACGAGAAGCUGAGGAGUCGGCUCGACAAGUGGAGGCCUCCAAGAAGGAAUUGGAAGAAGCGCGAAAUAUCCCAGUGCCCACUGUCAAAAGCCCUCCUGUCGCAAGCCCUGCGCCAUCUACAAGCUCCAAUCCAUUCUUCAGGCGGACAACAGACACAGCCUUCCCGCCUGCGGCCGGCGGAGCUGAGCCAAAGGACAGUCAAAGUGCUUUCGACAGCAUAUUCGGGCCGUCAUUUGCGGCUGUAGCUCCCGCUCCCGCAACCUCUUUCUCGGGCCAGCCAUCAACUCCAGCCGGGCACCAAAACAUUCCUCAGCUUGACUCCCCGGCAGCUUCAUCCACACCAAGAGACGCUGUUGAACCUCCAGCUCCACCCCAGUCCCGACAGAUUAGCUCGGCGGCACUUCCUUUCCGCAGACCGCUCGAGAGAGAAGAUUCCAUCAGCUCUUCCAUCAAGGUUGCAGGACCGGCCAGCAGGUUAAGUCCCAACGAAACCCCUCAAGCAUUGACUCCUGCGUCUUCCGCCAGCCCUACGGAGCACAAGGAUUCAACCGAAGAUCCUUUCACCGCCGCAGCACCUGACGAAGAACAGGAAUCUGUUCGUAGAACCCUGCCUCAGCCUUCCACUGGAGAAGCCACAGUGGACGAAACCUUUGGCAAGGCUUCAGCCGACCAAGCGAAAGACAUUCCCGGGGCAUUUCCAGGUUCACGGUCAGACACUCCGGGUGUCGAUCCAACAGUGAUUGCUGCAGGAGCCGGCGCAGCAGCGGUGGCCGCUGGGGUAGGCGCCGCUGCCGCUACAACCAACGGUGACAAGCCGACCAGUGCACAAACCUCGCCGCCUUCCAAGGCCCCUGAGCAGAAUUUUGACGAUUUCUUUGGAGGACCAGCACAUCAACGUUCAGCAUCCCAAAAGGCUGCCGACUUUGACUCUGCUUUCGCUGAGAUGGAUAAGCCGAAAAGCGGACCGAACGACGAAUUUCCCGCCAUUCAGGAGCUUGCGGGUGACGAUGAUGAUAGCAGCGAAUACAGCGACGAUGAGACACCCAUGAAAUUCGACGACGACUUCAACACCAGAUCUCCACCUCGGAACAGCCCGACUGAUGUGAGAACUGGCAAGCAGCCCGAGGUCGCACCUGAGCCGAGCAGCACACUGGCGCCACGCCCUGCCAUGGCCGGCUCCUUGUCCAAUGCUAGCUCUCUACCAGGGGUGGAAUCUCAACAGUCACCGCCCAGUUAUGGCGAUGCGGUACCCGCAGAGAACCCAACCCAAUUUCCCCGAGAGUACAAAGGCUUACUACCAGAGCGUGAAGACCCUACUUCACCGCCUCCAACGGCUGGUGGCUCCAGUCAUCCUGCACCUCCCCCCGGUGGUGUCCCGCCAGCGUACGGCCCUGAAGCUCAACCAAGAAGUCCGUCGGAUAGCAAUCCCACGGCACCACCACCUACAGCAGGAGCACCGUUUGACUUUGACUCUGCGUUUUCAGGCGUGGGGGCUGCCCCAGUGGAAGAUGAUGACGACGAAGAGGAUGACGAGGAGGACGCUGUGUUCAGUCCCCCGAAGAUCGCUGCACCAGAGUUUGACCCAACUUUCGAUUCGCCUCCACAACCGUCACGAGCGCAAUUCCCUUCAGGCCCAGUCACAAACGGGGCCCCAAAGACUGGAAAUGAAGAUUUCUAUUCCGCAGUGACGACAUCUGGACCUCCCCAGCAAGCUCAACCGACGACUUCUCCUGUCUCGCACGACUGGGACGCUCUCUUCGCGCCACUGAACACAAACGCAAAUGACAACGCUUCGUCACAACCAUCAGCUGAUUUUCCGCAAAGUCAGACACAGGCCGCUGAAAUUUCCACACCUUCACCACCGCAAGGACAAUCGGGUGUUUCUUCCCCGACCCCCGUGAUAAACGUACCAGCACCGGCAUCACCGCCACCCCGGUCAAAGGCUGAACGGCCCCAGAUUGGUCGAGCACUGAGUACGGGUACGGAACACGACGAUCCAAUCCUCAAGAGAUUGACUGCGAUGGGAUGGUCACGCGAGGAAAGCCUUGCAGCACUGGAGAAGUACGAUUAUAACAUUGACAAGGCUGCGGAUUUCUUGACUUUCCGCUCUUAAGGCCUAGACCAUACAUACCCUGCACGUCCCUAGAGGCGUGACGCUGGGGCGGAAAAUGGAUCUGGAAAGGGUCCUCGGAGAACUACGUUCUCUGUCCUCCUUCCAACUCAGCCUCUAUUGUGCGCCAUGGUGCGCCAACGAGUUAUAGUGAAACAGGGGUAUGGGUGAGAGGGGCAAAGAGACAGGAGGACAGACUCCUUGCCGUCAGCAGAGGAUGUGUAUGCUGCGCCUUGCGAGGGAACAAAAAACAACCAAAACUGUACAGCCUCGACUACACGGUGAUGUGGCCCCCCGUCUUUCGGGCCCGAUCCUUUCAGUCUCUCUCUUUCUCCCUCUCUUUAUAUUGGUUUUCUUUUUGUGGACACCUUUUUUGCUUUGCAGAAGACCUUGAAGCGAAGACUUUUCUUGCCUAAUCAAUCCAUCAAUCAAUCAACCACACACCCCGACGAGAUAUAGUUGCUAUGCAAGCGUGCACAGACAGAGAAAGAGAGAGUGUGCAAGAGCAUGUGAUUUGUAUGCCAGAUCAGAUUGAAUUGAAAAUAAAAGCCCCAAAAUAUAAACAAACCCUAGAUCUCG